CUUCUUAUCAACAUUGAGAGAAUUAGCUUACUGGCUUCAUAAUUUCCUUUGUGAUUCCCUAAUAAACCCCAUGGCUCUUCUCCUGCUCAGAGAGAAACAGACAGCUCCGUCUGAAGGGACCAAGUCUAACCCAUCAAAGCGCCACCGGGACCGUCUGAACUCUGAGUUAGACCGUCUGGCCAGUCUACUGCCCUUCCCAGAAGAGGUCACCUCCAGCUUGGAUAAACUCUCUAUCUUACGGCUCAGCGUGAGCUACCUGAGGACCAAGAACUUCUUCUCAGUUGCCCUGAAGACCCACGCUUGCAAUGGUUUGAAGGCCAACAGUGGUAACCAUGACAACAGCAAGACAACGGGAUUGGUGGAUGGCUGGAUGCCCGAGGGUGAACUCCUAUUGCAGGCCCUUAAUGGCUUUGUCCUGGUCAUCACUGCAGAGGGGGUCAUAUUCUACUCCUCUCACACCAUUCAGGAUUACCUGGGAUUCCACCAAACAGACGUGAUGCACCAGAGUGUGUUUGAUCUGAUCCACACUGAGGACCAGCAGGAGUUUAGGAGGAACCUCCACUGGGCUCUCAACCCCCCGGCCGUGCACCAGCAGGUGGAGUCACCCCCAGAUGGAAAGCCAGUCCCCAGCUCAUCCCUGGUGACCUAUAACCCCGAUCAGCUGCCUCCAGAGAACUCCUCCUUCCUGGAGAGGAACUUCGUCUGUCGCUUCCGCUGUCUCCUCGACAAUUCGUCUGGCUUCCUGGCCCUGACCCUCCAGGGCCGUCUGAAGUUCCUGCAUGGCCAGAACUGCCACCUGGAUGACGGCUGCAACGUGCCCCCCCAGCUGGCCCUGUUUGCCAUCGCUACCCCCCUCCAGCCUCCAUCCAUCCUGGAGAUCAGGACCAAGAACAUGAUCUUCAGGACCAAACACAAGCUGGACUUCACCCCCAUGGCCUGCGACGCCAAGGGGAAGAUCGUGCUGGGCUACACUGAGGCUGAGCUCCGGGUUCGAGGCUCUGGAUACCAGUUUAUCCAUGCAGCUGAUAUGCUCUACUGUGCUGAGAACCACGUCCGCAUGAUCAAGACAGGAGAGAGCGGGCUGACGGUGUUCAGACUGCUCACUAAGGAUAACCACUGGAGGUGGGUCCAAGCCAACGCCAGACUGGUCUACAAGAACGGCAAGCCUGACUACAUUAUCGCUACCCAGAGGCCCCUGGUGGAGGAGGAGGGAGGAGAGCACCUGAGGAAGCGUUCCAUGCACCUCCCCUUCACCUUCGCCACAGGCGAGGCACUUCUCUACCAGAGUAGCUACCCCAUCCACGGCCUCACCGACUCACUCCAGACUAAAGGCAAGACCAAGUCCAAGAAGGCCAAGCUGGACAAGAACUCAUCGAAGGAUCACGGUGGACUGGACCCCAGCUCCCUGCUCGGGGCAUUGAUGCGGCAGGAUGAGUCCGUGUACGUGUGCCAACCAGCCGUCGAGCCCAAGAUGUCCUUCCACAGUAGUCUGUUUAGUGAGCGAGGCGAAGGGGAAGGGCAGAGCAGUGGAGGCUAUAGCGGUGGCCCUCUGGGUGGGGGUGUGGGAAAGAGCUGGAGCUCCGUGCCCAACGGGGUUACCACCAUCUCCACUGGCCACAACGGGGAGCCUCCAUCCAGCUUCGACCCACUGCUCGCCACCCUGGACUCACUAUCUCUGGAGGGGGACGAGACAUGCUCUACCAGCGAGCUGUUCUCUGCUCUGGAGAACCUGGGUCUGAACGCAGAGGAUCUGGAGCUACUGCUGCUGGAUGAGAGGAUGAUCAGAGUGGAGAUGGAUCCGGACUACAUCCCCUCGCUCAACGACCUGCUCACCAACAACGAGAUCCUCUCCUACAUCCACGACUCGCUGGAGAACAAGACUGAGGAGGGCCAGGGUGGGGACAGUCACGUGUCCAUACCACCACCCUCAACCACAACCCAUCCCCCUGGGCCUAUCCUUAAUUCUGCCCUUAUCCCUAACCUUUAUAACCAAGCCACCCCCGCUAUGCAUAUCUCUACCCUCCACCCCCAGGCUACUAACCCUCCUAUCCCCCAAACCACGUUACCCCCUCACAGACUACCAAAGCAGCCACCCAUAGUGCAGCUCUCCCAGCAGAUGCAGCAGCACCUCAACUUAGUAAAGCCCGUUCUGGCAAAAUACCCCUGGCCCCCGACACGAACCGACGUCCCCACGCCAAGCCAGCCAGACACACUGCAGCACACAAACUCACUAACCGUGGUCGAUAAUAGUCACUGGCUUCCCCAGCAGGAGCAUCUGAAUGCGGGGCUGGACGACCACUGCCACAGCAUUCACCCCCUGGUCAACGGUAAGACAUCCCAGCUGGGGCCUCAAGGGUCCGGGCAGCUCAAACACCACCAGCACCAGAACAUCAUCCAUCUUCAGAGCCAGUGGCAGCAGCAGAACCAGCACCUACAGGUCCAGCUUCAGCCUCAGUUUCAUUUCAAACAGCAGAAGGCAAGUAGCAACAGCGGUGCCACUCUCAACGGGGUGCACCCUGAUCCCGAUUGGCAGAGGUACGGCUAUGACGACCAGUUGGAACUGACCGCUAACGGAGCCUGCACCGUCUCCUACACCAACGGGCGUGCAGACACCCUCUCACAGGCUACAGGAGGUGAGGUCACUCUCACAGAUUACGGUACGGGUGCUUCGACUACCGUGGGCAUGGUGAUGAACUGGGGUACGGUGGGGGGCACAGGUCACUACCAGGGACAAGGAGGGGUGAUUGCUAACCCCUCAGACCAUCUGGAGCAUCACAAACAACAUUCUCCACAGGUCCCAUCCGCCUACUUUCACCGCCAGUACCCCACCACACAGAACUCCUUAGAUUACAUCCUGGGGCUGUCACAGCCUCAACACACCAUGCCUUCUCUGGGCGCCUACGGCAUUUUGAAUCGCCCCGCUUCCCAAGGUGCCACUCACUGCAAGAUGGAGAGCGGCUGCAUCCUCAACGACACCAACGUUGCUCACACAGGGAGCUGUCUACUGCCCGAUGUGAACGGCCAGACAGCCAGCGACAGUCUCCACCCCCAGCCCGGCGCCCUACAGACCCUGCCCACCCUCCCAGACCCACAGACUACUGGCUUCUACCUCUGAGACGGGGGGGGGGGUCAGUGCAAAGAGAGACCAUUGGACCAUUUUGUCAGGGGGCAUAAAAAAAAUUAACGGAGGAGGAGACGCGAAAGAAGAAGAAUUUAAACUGAACUGUGGAUGUUUUCUAUGUAACAUUCUCUCCAUUUUAAUUUGUGUACGACGGACUCAGGACUCAGUGACAGAGCUCAGCAUAGUGUCUCUCUGCACUCUGACAGAAGUUUCCCCACUGGCACACAGCUCAGGGGAAACCAAAUGCAUCUUCUCAUGUUACACAUUUUUUAUGAAGGGUAUGGUUGAGAGAGCGGCGAUUUCUUCACCACUGUGAAUUUCAUUUGUUUUUCUUUAUGGGUGUACAAAAUACAGUUUCGGACAAAGAUUAUUAACAAGACUGUGAUAAGAGACGUGUUUUACCACUGUCAUAGCUACAGUACUGCGCUUCAGUACCGUAUAACUUGUUAAAGGAGGGAAAGUGAAUGUGGGUAUGGAAAGGAUGGAGAAGGAUUGAUAUGGAGAUUAAUAUUCAUUAUGAAUGAUGCGACAUGAUUGAUUGAUUUGAAGGAGCUGGAUGUCUGAAAUCAUUGUGAGGUACAUUUACAAAUGUUCUGUGUUAUGUUUUGUUGUGUCAUCUGCCCACAUAGAGAGGAAGAGGAAUUGAUUCAGGUUUUGGUGAUCUACGUGUUGGUAAAAUAGUUUUUAGGUUGUUCUCUGACGUGUUAUCGAGAUUGGAUAUGUGAAACAGAUCCCAUAUUAUGGUCAAAUGGUAUCUAAAUAUGAAGAGGACGAACAGAUCGGAGGAAGGGAUGACCGUUUUGGGGUUUUGUUUAUUUCCAUGCUGCAUUUUAGCCUGGAAGAAGUUUACGUUACCAGUGCAAUGAUGUGUAUUUAUUUAAAGGGCACUCAAAUCAACCGAAGCAAUUUCUUGACUGGCUACAGUGUGAAAUCACUCAGUAAAUUAAGUUCCAGGAAUACGGCAGGAGAUGGCUUACAUUCAGAAGUAAACAAGCAAAUUACAGAUCCAACAUUCCUCAUUGAAAAGCUUAGAGAAAAAUAUACAUUUGGAUUCAAGUUGAUUUCCUGAAUUGAAAUGAAGUUGAGCUAAAACAAACUGUAUUCGCUGCCGAUGGCAAGAGGAACGGGAACGGCAGUUUCUGACGUGACGAGAAAGGUCUUUCAGUGGGCCUCCUCUCUUCCAGGGCCCCAAGUGAUUCCGUCAUGGUCAUCUCACACCUCUCCUCGGGGACCCCCAGUAGAUUCCCAAUUCUGUUGUCGCCCUGAACGAGCACACCUGAUUCACUUAGUCAAGGGCUUGAUGAUUAGUUGACGAGUUGAAUCAGCUGGGCUAGCUUUAGAAUAGGUCAAAAGUGUGGAAACACUGCUGUAUCGCACUGAAGACCCCGUUCCAUGAGGAUUGACUUGGUCACACGCAGACUCACGGGCAUUGAUCCAAAUGAGAGGACAAGUCUUUUUAAAGAGAUUCUGUAUUGAAAAGUUGCAAUGUUGAAUGUGAUGUAUAUACUGUAAAAGAGUUGUAAAAAAUAUCCUAUUUGCAGUAUUUCGUUAUUAAAAAGUGCUGGAAAAUAAUUUUUAUUAAUAUUGGUAGCGUUAGAAUUCUCUCCAUCCAAAAUGGCACUAUAUUCUCUACAUAGUGCUAUACUUUUAACCAGAGCCCUAUGGACCCUGAUCAAAAGUAGUGCACUAUAUAGGGAACGGGUGCCAUUUGGGAUGUAACUUAUUACAUAAAUGUCACAAACAAAUGCAUUUACAGACUUGCCUCUUUAUAUUUGUUUCUUUUUUUGUACACAGACAUUUCUUAUCUGAAAUAGAUUUAUUUAAAUCAACCAGGAGAUGUAUGUAAAAAAA